CGGGGGUGGCAGGGGCGGCGAGCGCGAGCGGGCGCUGCAAGGACCGGGGGUCGCCCGCAGGGGGCGGCCGUCUCUGAGCCGCGCUAAACUGCACGGGCUGCGGCACAUGUGCGCCGGGCGCACGGCGGCGGGGGGCUCCUUCCAGCGGCGGGCGCUGUGGGUGCUGGCCUUCUGCACGUCCCUCGGCUUGCUGCUGUCCUGGUCCUCAAACCGCCUGCUCUACUGGCUCAGCUUCCCGUCGCACACGCGGGUUCACCGCGAGUGGAGCCGCCAGUUGCCCUUCCCCGCCGUCACCGUGUGCAACAACAACCCGCUGCGCUUCCCGCGCCUCUCCAAGGGGGACCUCUACUACGCCGGCCACUGGCUCGGGCUGCUGCUGCCCAACCGCACCGCGCGCCCGCUGGUCAGCGAGCUGCUGCGGGGCGACGAGCCGCGCCGCCAGUGGUUCCGCAAGCUGGCCGACUUCCGCCUCUUCCUGCCGCCGCGCCACUUCGAGGGCAUCAGCGCCGCCUUCAUGGACCGCCUGGGCCACCAGCUCGAGGACAUGCUGCUCUCCUGCAAGUACCGCGGCGAGCUCUGCGGCCCACACAACUUCUCCUCUGUGUUUACAAAAUAUGGGAAGUGUUACAUGUUUAACUCAGGCGAGGAUGGCAAACCUCUGCUCACCACGGUCAAGGGGGGGACAGGCAACGGGCUGGAGAUCAUGCUGGACAUUCAGCAGGAUGAGUACCUGCCCAUCUGGGGAGAGACAGAGGAAACGACGUUUGAAGCAGGAGUGAAAGUUCAGAUCCACAGUCAGUCUGAGCCGCCUUUCAUCCAAGAGCUGGGCUUUGGGGUGGCUCCAGGGUUCCAGACUUUCGUGGCCACACAGGAGCAGAGGCUCACAUACCUGCCCCCACCGUGGGGUGAGUGCCGGUCCUCAGAGAUGGGACUCGACUUCUUUCCUGUUUACAGUAUCACCGCCUGUCGGAUCGACUGUGAGACUCGCUACAUCGUGGAGAACUGCAAUUGCCGCAUGGUCCACAUGCCAGGGGAUGCCCCCUUCUGUACACCUGAGCAGCACAAGGAGUGCGCAGAGCCUGCCCUAGGUCUGCUUGCGGAAAAGGACAGUAAUUACUGUCUCUGCAGGACGCCCUGCAACCUGACCCGCUACAACAAAGAGCUCUCCAUGGUGAAGAUCCCCAGCAAGACGUCAGCCAAGUACCUCGAGAAGAAAUUUAACAAAUCAGAAAAAUAUAUCUCGGAGAACAUCCUCGUUCUAGAUAUAUUUUUUGAAGCUCUCAAUUACGAGACAAUUGAACAGAAGAAGGCGUAUGAAGUUGCUGCCUUACUUGGUGAUAUUGGUGGUCAGAUGGGAUUGUUUAUUGGUGCUAGUAUCCUUACAAUACUAGAGCUCUUUGAUUAUAUUUAUGAGCUGAUCAAAGAGAAGCUAUUAGACCUGCUUGGCAAAGAAGAGGACGAAGGGAGCCACGAUGAGAACGUGAGCACUUGUGACACGAUGCCAAACCACUCUGAAACCAUCAGCCACACUGUGAAUGUGCCCCUGCAGACGGCCCUGGGGACUUUGGAGGAAAUUGCCUGCUGACAGCCCCCGGCCCACCCGGCACCCCCCAAACAGACCUUGAGGCCCGAGACCCAGCACAGGGGACCGCAGGCUCAGGUGGUAUGGCCCCUGAUGACGGAAAGAAGCAAGAGCCCCCUAUGCACACAUAACAAACUCUCUGCCAAACCUCGCUACGGCCACGGCUGACAUGCCGCGUCCUCGGGCACCGCCGUGCGUCCCUCCUAGGAGAAAUGAGUCACACUCUGGAACUGUCCAAGAACCAACCUGCCAUCACAUCUCACUGCCAGAUGUAUAAAGCACCUGCAUGCCCAGACUCCUCACGGCGCCACCUCCACGUCUGUCUCUGUGUGUGACACUCCUCUGUGCGGUGUCCAGCAGCCACUCUGCAGCCAUGCAGUGGGACCAGGUUCCAGCCCAAGUCACCCUGAGGCCACGCUGGAGCCACAACUGCCCAAUCCAGAAGGAAACCGCAGAACUCUCGACUACGUCUGGUCCUCCUGUGGUCUGUGAAGGUUCUCGACCUGCCCACAAGCCCCUUUCCCCCAAGCUGGCCCACGGGGUGACCAGGGCCACCCCCUCCCAGCACCUGUGAUGGAGGCACGGUGGCCAGGGUGACUCUGGGACUCCUUCGUGGCGCCCCCGUCGUUCUGCUCUCCCUGUGACACGGCUUGUACAGUCUGAUUCUGUUUCUUUCGGGGGGCUUUUUUCUUGUUCAUCUGUCAGAAGUCUGUUCUGUUUGUUUUGUUUUCUGAUUUUUGGUUUUGAUGUUCUGAGGUUUGGUUUGGUUUGGUUUUUCCAUUUUCUCUGGCGUUUAUUUAUUCGUGCUUCCAAUCACAGUCAUAUUAAAAGCUGGUCUUGUGG